AUGGAAUUGAAUGAAGACCCUCGUUACAGAGGAUUCGCUUCCAACAUCGAGACCAGCUUUGUGCGAUGCAGCGGUAAUAUCACCAUCCAAUCUUACAGGAGAGUACCGUGCUUGAGUGAUGAUGAUGGGUUGAAUUCGGUUUAUGUCAGCUACGGGACUUACAUAAUUUCUGGGCUCAAGGGUCCUUGCUCUUUCCUCGCCAGGGUUCCCACGAUUUAUCAGGCGGUGAUGGGUCCGAGCUAUGAGAACAUUAUGUUGUUGUUGCAGGAAGGGUUUGAUCUUGGUUGGUCUGUUGAGUGCCGGGAUUGCCUUGCUCGUGGUCAUGAAUGUGUUAUGACUGGAUAUGACACCCCGUUCACCUAUGAAUGUCGCAGUCCAGAGUACUACGUUUAUGGUGUGGUUUCAUUCUUCGCCGGUUUUCUUUCCAGUGUUUUCUUUGAUAUCACUCUGGUGGCCAGGUUCGUCCUCGCUCCAAUGGUGGUUUUUGGGUUCCUGAUCCACAAGUACAGAACAACACAGAAGAGUACUGUUACAGAAAUGGUGGUGGCCAAGGGGAAGUUUGUUGCUGUUUCGAAUUCUUCUCUUGUAGCUAGGAGGUACUCUUACGCUGAUAUAGUUGCGAUGACGGAUCAAUUCAGAGACAAAAUAGGCCGAGGCAGGUUUGGUACUGUGUUCAAGGGCAAACUGCCUGAUGGUGGUUUGGUCGCGGUCAAAGUGCUUGGUGAUCCAAUCAAGCUCGCUGGCGAGGGUUUCGUGAAUGAAAUCAAUGUAAUUGCUAGAGUUCAUCACAACAAUGUGGUUAGGCUUCUUGGAGUUUGCUCUGAAGGAUCUCACAAUGUUCUCGUAUCGGAUUACAUGCCUAAUGGAUCGCUUGAGGGAACAAAAUUCCAGCCUCUUAGCUUGGAGCAACUCCUUCAGGUUGCCUUGGGGACAGCUCGAGGGAUCCGGCAUCUACACGAGGGAUGUGAUUCAUGCAUUCUUCAUAUGGAUAUUAAAUCUCAAAAUGUGUUGCUGGACCAUGGUUUUGUUCCAAAAGUUGCAGACUUUGGGCUGUCCAAAUUCCAUAGGACUCCAAGAGCUGAUCUCCGGCACGUUGCACCAGAAGUGCUCUCAAAUGGCUUGGGAGAUGUUUCGUGCAGAUCAGACGUCUAUAGUUUCGGAAUGCUGUUGCUUGAAAUGGUCGAAGGGAAAUGGCUGGCCGAAUCAAAGUACUUCCCCAUGUGGGUUUAUGACCACUUAAGUGAAGGAGGAGAUUUGGAGCUACAGAAUGUUACUCAACUCGAAUCUGCUAUAGCGAGGAAGCUGUGUGUUGUGGGAUUAUGGUGCAUCCAAAAGAGCGUGUCAGAGCGUCCAUUGAUGGCCAAAGUUGUGGAAAUGUUGCAAACCAAUGGUGAUCAUCUGCAGUUGCCUCCAAACUCGUUCUGCUUUCCGGAACAUGUUUCUGCCAAGGACCUUCAAUCGGAUUCUUCCAGACAAUUAUUGAUACCUGAAUCUGUGGAGCCAAGCUCGUAG